UACCAACAAGCAGUGUUAUCGUGUGACGCUACAUAGGUGUCAGACACUGGGUUAUUGGCACUCUCGUGACCUAGGUGCCUCCUACCAACAAGCAGUGUUGUAGUGUGACGCAACGUAGGUGCCAGACACUGGGUUACUGGCACUCUCGUGACCUAGGUGCCCCCUACCAACAAGCAGUGUUGUCGUGUGACGCAACAUAGGUGUCAGACACUGGGUUACUGGCACUCUCGUGACCUAGGUGCCCCUACCAACAAGCAGUGUUGUAGUGUGACGCAACAUAGGUGUCAGACACUGGGUUACUGGCACUCUCGUGACCUAGGUGCCUCCUACCAACAAGCAGUGUUGUCGUGUGACGCAACAUAGGUGUCAGACACUGGAUUACUGGCACUCUCGUGACCUAGGUGCCUCCUACCAACAAGCAGUGUUGUCGUGUGACGCAACAUAGGUGUCAGACACUGGGUUACUGGCACUCUCGUGACCUAGGUGCCUCCUACCAACAAGCAGUGUUGUAGUGUGACGCAACAUAGGUGUCAGACACUGGGUUACUGGCACUCUCGUGACCUAGGUGCCUCUACCAACAAGCAGUGUUGUAGUGUGACGCAACAUAGGUGUCAGACACUGGGUUACUGGCACUCUCGUGACCUAGGUGCCUCCUACCAACAAGCAGUGUUGUAGUGUGACGCAACAUAGGUGUCAAACACUGGGUUACUGGCACUCUCGUGACCUAGGUGCCUCCUACCAACAAGCAGUGUUGUAGUGUGACGCAACAUAGGUGUCAGACACAGGGUUGUCAGGAACAAUAUAAGAGAGAAACGUAUAGAAAACUUCUCAUGUUAAAAAAUUAAUUCGUAAAAGCUUUACAUUGAAUUGCGUGGAAGAUGAAAAUCUGGCCUAUACGUAAGAGAAUUUCUCAGAUUUCAGAUUUUUUUUUCUAAAUUUUUUGGCCCACACGUCCUCAAUCAUGCCUCCUUUCCAUUUUUUUUAGUUAAAAAAUAAGAUAAUUUUGUAUAUAUUUUUUAUUUCGUUCUGUAUAGUUUAUUAAAAUCCCAAAAUAAGAAAAAAUACAUAACUUAAAUUCAAUAAAAGAAUGGCAUUAAUAUCCUGUAGAAAUUUUAGCUUCUGACAUUAACUUUGCGGGUGUUUGUGUUUGUAUAUCUGUCGAUUAUUUUAUUCAGCUCUAAAUUUUUGGCAGUUUUCAGUUUUAGUGCCUUCUGAGGCUGUUAAACUGAGCCUCAGGGACGUACAUGGGAGAAAAGACUCGUGUGAUGCCUUCUGAAGGUGCCAAUACUCCAUCAAUGUUCUUCAGGACUGACGCCAUACAUUGUUUACGUUUGUGUGGCUAGUGCAGCUUGUUAUAGUGCCACCACUACUACCACCAUCACUACCACCAUUACCCAUCAUCACUACUACCAAUACCGCCACCAACAUGAGUCGACCGCUGGCAAUGAUCACCCUCACUCCGGCCCUGGAGAAAAGAUUUUCCAAAGAGAGAAACAAACCUCUCAAGAUCCAACCAGAGAACAUCAGCCUCAAAUCGAUUCGCGAACGUCGAGAACGACUGGAAGCUAUGAUUCAAAGCCGACGCUUGCCUCUCAUCGCUCCCAGCCCCGGCAGCACCCCCUCCAGCAGCCCCGGCAGCACCCCCGCCAGCAGCCACACUAACGACAAGCCCUCCAGGAUGUCUCUAUCCCCACACUGGAAGGAGAAAGAGAAGCUGGAGAGACACCCAACUAAUCAACAGCCCAACACCUCCAGCGUCAGACUCUCGCCCCUCCAAACCCACAAAAACAGCAUUAAUCGUCUGCCGAUGAUCAAAAAACUUCAGCCUCAACAACAGCAGAAGCAGCAGCAGCAGAAGCAGCAGCAACAGCAACAACAGAAGCAGCAGCAACAGAAGAAGCAGCAGCAGCCGAUGAGACAGGACACUCACAUCCAGCAGAGACGGCAGCAGCUGCAGGAAAAGCAGCAGCAGAGGCACGAGCAGAGACAGCAGCAACAGCAGCAGCUUGAGCAAAAGAAACAGCAACAUCAGCAACAAAAGCAACAGCAGCACGAGCUGAAGCAGCUGCAGCAGCAGCAGAGACAGCAGAAGAUUCAGCAGCUGAAGGAGGAUAAGGAGGGGCAGCUGUCCAGCCCAGCCACAAUAGAACACCUCAACCAGAUGCACAAGCAGAUGACCAUGGAGAUACAUCUGUUGAUGCAGCAGCAGAUGCAGCAGAUGCAGCAGCUGCUGCAGCAGAAGAAGGAGCACCAGCUUCGGAAGCAGCAGAAGCAGGAACACCUAGAGCAACAAAGAAUACAGCAGAGGAUGCAGGAGGCGAUGGAGGAGACGCUGAAGAAACCUGCGCAGGAAGACCACGACGAGAAGGAGGAACAAGAGGCGACAAUAACACCUCAGAAGAAGCACUCACCUCCACCUCACGUGGAGGAGCCGACGCUCCGACCACAAGACAGGCAGCCUCCGGACACCACUGACAACCCUCAGGAUGUGGAAGCAAGAGAGAGUCUCCCUGCUGAUGACGGCAAGGUUAAAGAGGAAAACGAAGAGGCAGUGGGAGAGGAAGAAGCUGGAGAAGAAGAAGUGGAGGAGGAAGAGGAUGACAUCUCUGAUGAAGUGGAUGACAUCGUGGAAGGUAUCCGUAGCGGAGAUCGUCGUCGACAGCUGGCCAACACGGAGAAGGCGAGGGUGUUGCUCUCCUCUGACAAGCCUCCCAUCAGCCAGUUCAUCAAUGCCGGCAUAUUGCCUCCCUUAGUCGAGUGCAUGGGCAAGAGUGAGAACCCGGAGUUGCAGGUGGAGGCAGCCUGGGCUGUGACCAACAUCGCUUCUGGACCUUCUCAGUACACACGCGCCCUCGUCGAUGCGGGGGCCGUGGGCGUGCUAGUACGUCUACUCUCCUCCCCGGACGUGGCCGUCAAGGAGCAAGCAGUGUGGGCGCUGGGCAACAUCGUGGGCGACGGAGCAGAGUACAGAGACAGGGCACUGAAGGAGGGCAUCGUCAGGCCCCUGGUCAACCUCCUCCACACUACCAUGCCACUAGCACUGCGCCGUCAGGUCUGCUGGGUCAUUACCAACCUCUUCCGUGUGAAGAACCCAGCCAUCAGUCUUGAGGAUCGCAAGGAGUGUGCCCGUGCCCUCAAGGAGAUGGUGGCACACCUAGAUACCCAGGUUCAAGCUGACGCACUCUGGGGCGUGGCCUACUACGCUGAUAUGGGACCUAAGGCCGUUGACGAGCUGGUGGAGUGUGGUCUGGUGAGAGAUAUGGUCCAGCGUCUCUACUCAGACCAGGAGAAGGUGGUCAUUGCCGCUCUCAGGGCCACCGGCAGCGUGGCAGCAGGAACCAACGAACAGACGGACGCUGUGGUACAGGCGGGUGCGCUGCCCAUCUACAGAGAGAUGUUGAACAAUCCAAACCUAGGGGUAAGCAGAGAGGCUGCCUGGAUACUCUCUAACAUCACCGCUGGCACCACCAGACACAUCCAGCUGGUCAUUGAUGUUCAGGUGGUACCAGCUCUCAUCGCUGCCGUCGAGAAGGAUGACGAGGAGCUGAGGAAGGAAGCGACAUGGGCCUUAUCUAACCUGACCUCUGGUUGUACGACGGAGCAGGCAGCAGUGUUGGUGAAUACUGGCGUGAUGGCCUCCUUCUGCAGGGUGAUGGCUGGCGACGACCCUGGCAUGGUGCUUGUGGCCCUCGACGCUGUCAACAACAUCUUUAAGAAAACGGAGAAGGUUGAUACUCUGGUGCGUAUUAUGGAGAGUUAUAGCGGCCUCAAUACCUUAUCGUCACUGCAAAAUCACCAGGAAGCUCAGAUUUCCAAGAUGGCCAAGUAUCUUCUGCAGACGUAUUUCCAGAAGAGCGGCUAGCAGAAGCAGAGACGAAUGAAGAAGGAGGAGGAGGAGAAGGAGGAGAAGGAGGAGAAGGAGGAGGAGGAGGAGAAGGAGGAUUUGAAUCUCCAAGUCUGUGUACUUGAGCCAUAGACUCCCAGACGAGACUACAAACUGACUAUAUCAACCAGACCAUAGCGUUCCACAAACAAUAAAUAUUUGUGAAACGCUAUUGGGUUCGAACCUGUGAAUUCCAAGGAAGCAGAGACAGUCUCGACCAGGCUAUGGCUAGUAGGAGCAGGCAUUUGUUUUUGCUUUUUUUUGUUAAUAAAAACUCCGUACAUGAA